GUUCCCAAAAUUGUGACUUCUUCUUUUUCUCAUCCAUCCAGUGUGGUUGUGAAAAAAGGCUUUGCUUCACUUUGCAGACUGCAGGUCACUGCGCUGCCUCCACAUCUGUAGCAAGCAUGGAUGACUACAUGGCAACCACAGAGGAUUACUGGAUAUUUGACUAUGACAACUACACGUUGUCCCCCGAAACCAGCAAGACGUACGCGGCCCCCUGCCCCCACAAGGACAUCUACACUUUUGCGCAGAGGUACCUGCCGGUCGUCUACAGCCUGGUCUUCUUCCUGGCCGUGGCGGGCAACGUGCUGGUGCUCUGCGUGAUCCGACGCUACCGUAACUCCCGCGGAGGCCGCGUCUGCUCAUUCUCCCUGACCGACACAUUCCUCCUCCACCUGGCCAUCUCCGACCUGCUCCUGGCCUUAACGCUGCCGCUCUUCGCCACGCAGUGGGCCCACCAGUGGGUGUUCGGCGAGGCGGUCUGCAAGAUCUCCGGCGCUCUGUUCUCGCUCAACCGCUACAGUGGCAUCCUUUUCCUGGCCUGCAUCAGUUUCGACCGCUACAUGGCCAUCGUCCACGCCGUCGGCUCCGGCUGGAAGCGCAACAACACCUGCCAGGCCCAGGUGGCCUGCGCUUUUAUUUGGGUGGGCUGCCUGGCCCUCGGCGGGGUGGACAUUGCCUUCAAGCAGGUGGGCGAGGUGAAAAUCGGAGACGGGCAGGGGCCUCUCUUGUGCCAGGUGUGGUUCACCGACAACGCUGCGCAGUGGCAGGCCGGCCUGCAGCUGGUCAGUGUGAGUCUGGGCUUCGGACUUCCGCUCCUGAUCAUGCUUUACUGCUACAUCCGGAUUUUCCGCUCGCUGUGCAAUGCCACCCGCCGGCAAAAGCGCAAGUCCCUACGUCUCAUCAUCUCGCUGGUGUCCAUCUUCGUGGUCUGCUGGGCGCCGUACAACGGCUUCCAGCUGGCCGACAGCCUGCAGAGGCUGGACGUCGUGCUCGGGGGUUGCCGGUUCGGCCGCAUCGUAGACAUGGGCACGGUGAUCACCGAGAGCGUGGGGCUGUCGCACUGCGCCCUUAACCCGCUGCUGUACGGCUUCGUGGGGGUCAAGUUCCGCAGGGAGAUGGCUCGGAUGUGCAAGGGGCUGCUGGGAAAGAGAGGCUGGCUAGGAAUGGAGGAAUGGAGGGAGAGGAAGCGGAAAACAACCAGCUCCUACAGCUCGGCCGAUAGCGAAAACACCUCCUACUCGGUAAUGGUGGGAAAAUGAUUGAGAAGCAGUGUGUCCAAAAGGUAGCUCUCCAAAUGUUUUAGAGUAGCUGGUCAAAUGGUUCAAGAAGAGUUCCACUUUUUCACUUUGCUGUACUUGCUCCACUCCGCUGUGGCCAACCAUGGAACCUCUCAAGUCAGAUGCAAAUUUUCAAAUGCCUUGCACUUAAAAACAUAAUCCCGUGAACUCCCAUUUAUUUGCUGGGAUACUUUCUGUAGUUCAGGGGCCACAUUAAUUUGAUGUCAAAGUAGAUGAGCCACUCAACUCAUAGUAUACUUAAAUUACAAUCAACUUUUUCCUUUUUUAAAAUCUAAAGCAAUGCAAGUACAUGAAGAAAAUCUUCAGAUUCAAUGAAAUUUUAUGAUCGUUUUGCAAAAAAAAAAACAAAAAAAAAGAUUUCUUAAGAAAAGUAUGUGUGCAUAAAAACUGAUCACAGCGAUUGUAUCUAAAAGGCACAAACCUUGAAGUCAAAGGUAUUUGGGACUCCACAAAUAUAGUUUUGAUAUACAGGAAGUCCUCGAGUUACGACGUACUCGACCUACGACGUUUCGAUUUGGCGACGCCCGCGCCUCGUCCGCCAUUUUGUCCCCAGCACCAUAGUGUUUCUGCUUCGCUAGUGCAUAGUGCUUGUCUGUGUUUGUGCGGCGGGGGUAUCUUUGCCUUUUUCGCCCUCCUUUUUUUCUCACUCUCAGCAGUAAUGGUAAGUACAGCAUCUUAUUUUUUUUAUUUUAAUGUAUUUUAUACGAAGUGUUAACCUUUCCUGCUACGGUCCCCUGACCGUGGUCGGGAGACGCAGGGCUUAACUCCCUUCUCUCGUUGCACAGCUAAAAUGGGUGGCGGCAACAAUAAAGCGCUUUAAUGGCUUUAUUAGCUCAUCUGCACAUUCAACGUCAACGGGUCCUCCGCUAAACGCUACUCUUCCCCGGUCGCCGUCACUACACUUGCUACUGUACGCACUCGCACCUGCGCGCACUCCUUCCUUCUUCGCAGUCCCGUCUCACUCCCACAUCGACGCACACCCCCACACACACUGAGCUUGCUGUCACAAUCACGCGGGACGAUACCCGUAACAGAAGUAUUUCGACGUAAAUUUGGACUUUAACGGUGAAAUCCGACUUACGCGGAAAUUCGUGUUACGUCGCCAGCGUAGGAACGGAAGUCGUUCGUAAAUCGAGGACUUCCUGUCGUAAUUUCACUUUGAAAUUAAAUCAAGUUAUGAAGACCGAGGAAUUAUUACCACUCCAUUUUCUACAUGAGCAUCAUAAUUCUUAAAAUUCGUAAAAUUCUCUCGUAUGUUUUCAUCCUAAACACCAUAGUCGACUGCUUUUCGCCCACGGACCGUAUGUUUGACGCACCUGUCCUAUACCAUCUGCAAUAGGUACAAAUCUGCGAUAUAGAGAGACCAUUUUAUUGGAUUUUAUUUUUCCUACUCAUUUUGCCCCUCCCACAAGCUUUAAACACAUUUAAACUUAAUUAGGGCCUUGCUUUGCCCGUGAGUGUCUGAGUGUAAGCAGUGGCCGACAGCAGCUCCUGCAUGGGUACACUUGUUGUGUUUUACUGUUCUCCCUGCGUUGAAUAAAUGGUUGAAAAGUGCAUCGGCAACCGUGUCUCUCCGUUCCCAUAUGUGAGAGCAUUACAUUCAGUAGAUUUACCGUAAAAAAACAAGAAAGAUCGCUUCAAAAAACACGAUCUAGCAGGGGCGCGAACGAUCAACCGCGACAUGGCGGGGGAACGCUGUAGAUCGCAAAAGUCUGAAAACCAAGUUGUAUUGAAUGCACCACACAGAAUAAUUAAAUAACGAUAGAGGAGGAUGAGCUUCUCUGGUAUUUAUCUCUCAAUGUUGCAUGACAUUCUUCUCUUACUAGAAUAAAUGAACAACUUUUCCCUCAUUUAAAAAAAAAAAAAGUGUAUUUUCAGGACAUAAGUCCCAAUCGUAUGUGGGAAAAAAAGUUCUCAAAGUACAUCUUUGAGGGGAAAAAACCCCCAGAUAUUUUCAAAAAAACAAGUCGGAUACAAAAGGCUCCAGCACACAUGUAACCUUAGUGAGGAUAAGCCGUACAGAGAAUGGAUAGAUGGAAGUCACUUAGUUUUUUUGAGAAAAAAAUAUUAUGUUAUUAUUAUGACAAUAAUAAUAAUAAUAAAAAAAAGUCACCAAUUUCCCCCCAAAAUUGUUGUAUAUUGUUGAAAAACGUUAUAUCCCCCCCCCCCCCCCCCCCCUCCACAAAGUAAAAUGUCACACUGUAUAUGUAUUUUUUAAAAGUGGUGUAUUUUCUUGAAAAGCUUUUGAGAUAAAGUUGUAUAUUUUUGAGGAAAAACAGUCCCAUAUGUUUAGCCAAAAAGUUGCAUUUAAAAAAAAAAAAAAAAAAAAACCCGAAUCUUCUGACCAUGUAAUUACAUAUUUUGCCAAGAAAAAAAUCACACAUAUCUUUGAUAAAUAUAUAGUCACCUCAUGCAGUAGUUCUCAAACUUUUUACACCAGGUAUAGGCUAGAAAAAUCAUUAGCUCUCAAUGUACCACCAUAAUGACAACAUUAAAAUACAGUCGCGUACUGGGCCUAAGUGUUCGCCCAAAUCAAGACAUAGAUUUUAUUCCUAAAAAGUAUAUUUCAUAUUAUUGAAAGCCACUGUAACAUUAUGUACAGUUUGAACAUGAAUACUGUCCUUCAAUAAGGGGGAAAAAACUGUUCUUGAAUAGUGAUUCAAAUGAAAUGUAAAAUCAAAUAAAAAUGUGUAUGUACUUUCUUUCAAUUAACAUUUUUUAACGAUUAAAUGCAAAUGGAUUGAACUUAAAACUUAAAUACAACGGAACUGCAUUUAACAAAUGCACAUUGCUGGAUUUGAAAACAGUUUAAGCCACUGUAACGUUACAGAGUUUGAACAUUUCAUUCUGUGAUGCUGUUGCAUACCACGAGAGGGAGCGCGCUUUGAGAAUCAUUGAUCGAAUUGUACAUUUGGGAGAAAAAAAAUGGUGUUGUUGGAAAAAGUUGUAAUCAAAGGAGACAUAUUUUUGAAAAUUAAAAGUUGUAUGUUUUCAAUGAAAAAUAGAACAAUGUUAUUCGAGAGGAGACUGAGGGCAGCGAUAAAAGGGACCGUUGCAGCAGAGUGGAGACUCUGGAAUAUAGUUAGAGUUUAGGGGUGAAUCUGCAUGGGAAACUGCCGCGAAAUAAAAUGUCAGGUGAAUAAAGACUGGAAAAUGUUCUCUGUGGAUAUGAUGCCGCUUCAUGCAUUUUAUCGUCACUUUCGAUAUUUCCUUGAAUGCUCUUUUGUGUUGUUGAUUUUAUUUUUUUUGUGUGUAUGGUCAUCUUAUGAAAUAGUUUGAUUUCUUCGCACUUGUUUGCUCGCUAAGUCGUUUGUACGUAGUCUGACACAUACCUGGGAAUGUAAUCAUGCCCUUCUCCUUUAGCAUGAAAACAAGCUGGUUUGAGUGAAAUGAAAAAAGAAAAAAAAAAGUGGACAAUUCUGCUGACUUUGUCUUUUUUUCCCCUUUUUUCCACCCCGCUCCAAACAUACAGCUGCAUGCCUGCAGUCUGUGUUGCAAAACAAAAGAGGAAAUGAUUGUGACUCAUGUAUGAGGUUAAAUAUGGAACCCAACUGUCAGUAUUAGUUAUGUGCUAAUAUUUGUGUGAUAGAUUUUUUGGGGGGGGAAUAAAACUGUCUUCUUCUGAUUUACUUUUUAGCAUGAUGCCAAGUGUGUAUUAUCGAGGAAAGAGUUGUAUAUUUUUGAGGAAUAAAGUCUCAAUUCUACAAAAAUGAAGUCAUACAUCAUAGAGAAAAAAAGAUUUUCCACAUCACAGAUCAUCCACAACGUAGGUGUAUAUUUGUAAGAAAAAAAACCAAGUCAUAAUCUCACUAGA